AUGCUGGGGAAGGGGGACUUCCAGCUGGCAGUGCCUGUGGUGCUGCUUGCCUUCCACGUCGACUACGCAACUUUCAGUAGGCCUACAUCAAUUUGUUUGGAAGUCACCAUAAAUGGGGCACUGAGGACCAAGGUGGACAAUCUUGGAGUACAUGUCAUGGUAGCAUUAUACGAAACCGGCUCGGUCACUGACUGCCCUAGAGGGGAAAACAAAGGGCGUGUUCUAUCCAAUGACUAUGUUGUUAGGAAACUUGAAAAGCUCUGCACUGUCAAAGGCCACCCUGCUAAGAAGCCACUAUCAGGAACUGUUAGUUUUUCCUUGUGGGAAUCAUUCAACAGCAGUAGGUGUGGCAUGGCAGUCUUUGUUCAAAGCAGCUCUCAUCAAUUUUUUGGUUCACAGAAUAACCAUCUGCCAGAUGAUAUAUGA